UGCGUUAGCAAAGUGAUGCCACCAAGGAAAAAGAGAAGACCUGCUGCUGGAGAUGAUUUAUCUGCAAAGAAAAGUAGACAUGAUAGCAUGUAUAGAAAAUACGAUUCAGCUAGAAUAAAGACUGAGGAAGAAACAUUUUCAAGUAAGAGAUGCUUAGAGUGGUUCUAUGAGUAUGCAGGAACUGAUGAUGUUGUAGGUCCUGAAGGCAUGGAGAAAUUUUGUGAAGAUAUUGGAGUAGAACCAGAAAAUGUCGUCAUGCUUGUACUAGCUUGGAAAUUGGAUGCCCAGAAUAUGGGCUAUUUUACAUUACAAGAGUGGUUAAAAGGAAUGACAUCUCUGCAAUGUGAUUCAACAGAGAAAUUAAGAAAUUCUUUGGAUUACUUGAGAUCAUUAUUAAAUGAGCCUGCAAAUUUCAAACUUAUUUACCGAUAUGCAUUUGACUUUGCACGGGAAAAGGACCAGCGAAGCCUAGACAUCAAUACUGCCAAAUGCAUGUUGGGACUGUUGUUAGGGAAAACCUGGCCCCUUUUCCCAGUAUUCCACCAAUUCCUAGAGCAAUCAAAAUAUAAAGUCAUAAACAAAGAUCAGUGGUGCAAUGUGCUAGAGUUUAGCAGAACAAUUAAUCUUGACCUUAGCAACUAUGAUGAAGAUGGAGCAUGGCCAGUUUUGUUGGAUGAAUUUGUGGAGUGGUAUAAAGAGAAACAGAUGACAUAGGAAUUUAACUAUGCA